CAAGGCCAAUCGUCCCCCCUGGAAAGCAUGUGGACUCUGAUCACCCUGAGGCCCCUCACUCUGCUGCUCCUGCUGCUCUUGCUACUGUAGCCACUGCAGUUGAAAAUCUUGCACAAAUAUGUUCCGUUGUCAGCAGAAGAGAUAGAGCAAUUUGAAGAUUAUUUGGAGGAAAUGCGCAGCACAGGACCUACCCUACCAACCCCUAAGGAUGUUUUCAAAAGGCGCACCAUUAUUGAUCCGGGAAGACCCUUAACUGAUUCCAACUACUGCACUGAUGAAAUAAAGAUGAAAAAUGUCCACAACAGAUUCCGUUGUGUAAAAGAACAUUUCUUCCUCCAGAUAUCAUUUGAGGAACUGCAAGACAUCUGUAACAACCUGUUUGUGUCUUGUAAGAAUGGUGUGAAGAGAUGUCACAGGAGCAGGCAAUCAAUAAAAGGAGUGUACUGUAAUUUAAUCAAAGGAGUGGUAAUGACAGACUGUGUCUAUGAAUCUUCUUACAGGCAGGGACAGGUCCUUAUGACUUGUCGAUGGCAAAAUGAUAUUCAAGAAGUUAUCCCUGCUUACAUAAAUGAUAUUAUGGAGAUAAAUGAUACUAUCAAGGAGAAACAUGUCCUCCACGGUUACUUCCAGUGA